GUCAACAUCCAGCACAACCUCAUUCUCGAGCACCAAGAGGCAUUCCUUACGCACAAGGAGCAGACUACCGAGAAGCUGAAGGAGAUCGAUGCCCUCCAGGAGCGUGUGUCACGUCUGACGCUCGAGAAGGGCAACUUCCGCACCGAGAUCGACAACUAUGCGCACCUGCUAGAGCAAGCGCGCUCCGCAAAGGAAGAAGAUCUCCGCAAAGUCGACGCUCUCGAGAAGGAGCUGGAGACUCUCGUGGAAUCCAAGAAGCAACUCCUUGCCGAAGCCGACACCCUGCGCAAAACGCUCCAAGACCUCCAGGCUAAGACGAAGGCCGACGAGCAGGCGACAGCCGAUCGGUUCACCGCCGAGCUAAAGUCGACUGCCGACCUUCUCGCAAAGGAGACACAGAAGAUAACGGCUCUAAAUACCAUGAUCAGUCAGUUAAAGGGAGGCGAGAACACUGCUAGUCUCGAGGCCGAAAAAGCAAAGAAGGAAAACAAGACUCUGAACGAGCGCUAUAGCAACCAGGCAGCUGAGCACGGAAAGGCAUUCGCGAAACUCAACGAGCAGGCCAAGCAAGUUGAAGGCUUGAAGGCCGAUCUUGGUCUCUACCAGAAGGAGAACGCCGAGCAGAAGCAGCGUCUUGUCUACCUUGCUGACCUCGAGACCCAGGUUGCUGAACUAUUCCGAGCAAAGUCGGCUCUUUCCGAACAAGUCAGCACUCUCAGCGCCGAUUUGGAGGCCAGCAAGAAGGAAGAAACCAAGACCAAGAUCCAAAUGGAG